GCAAUCGAAAGGAAGCGAUUCGGAAGAGUCUGUGCAAAGCCUUCCUAUGGGACAGUAAGCUCUGGAGUGCACAUUGUGAUGGUUCACACUUUCUUUCUUUUGGGUGAGAGAUUAACCGAGGAAAAUAUUGAGAUAAUAGACAGAAUCCCUGCCAUCAUUUCUUCCCCGACAACAAUUCUUCGACUCUGGGAUGACUUGGGAAAUGCACAGUAUGACAUGCCGGAGCAAUAUCAGAAUCCGCCUUCACAUCAGCAGUUUCGUCCGGAUACACCUUUUUCCAGCCUCCUUCAGUCACAAAAUGUAUCUGCUGGAUUUGGGAAUUGGGAUCACAUAAUGCAUCCUCCAUCGUCAUCUCAACAGGUUCCCAGUUCAUAUGGUUUUUUUCCAGCACCUUCAAACUUUGGAUCAAGUCCAGCGCAAUGUUAUGGUGGUUCAGUUGGCCCACACAUUUCCAGCUAUGGGGGUGUUCCAUCACAAAUGUUUGGGACAUCAGCACUAACUCCACCAUCUGCAUACCGAGGUGCCUCGUCUUCACAACCAUACUACAGACCUGAAAUUCCAUUUAAUGUGUCAGAAGGAGGUUCUGAAUUUGUGGAAAUGGAAGAUACUGAUGACGAAAGUGAGUCACCCCCUCCUCCCCCACAACCUGAGAGACGUCCUCGACGACCGACAUGAAGGCCACCAUGCGGCACAUGCAACCACCGUUGAAUAAUGUUGUUGUGAAAUAAAGUUAUCACAUUA